CAUUCUUUGAACCUGAACACAAUACCACAUUCAUUCCUCAUCUGCCUCAGUCUUUUUUGUACUUUGUAUUCUGAAUACAGCCCUUCCAUCCUCUCAAAAUCUAGAACAGCAAAUAUUCUAGCUAAUUUACAAGCAAUGGAUGUUGUAAACCGAUUGGUGGAACAGAAGCCUUUGGUAAUCUAUACCAAAAGCUCUUGUUGCAUAAGCCACUCAGUGAUGCAGCUCAUCAGUAGUUAUGGAGCAAAUGCAGAAGUCUAUGAACUGGAUAACAUGUCCAAUGGGCAAGAAGUAGAUAAAGCGCUUCAAAGACUAGGGCUUCGGCCAAGUGUUCCUGCUGUUUUCAUAGGCCAAAAGUUAGUUGGUGGAGCUAAAGAGAUUAUUAGCCUGCAGGUUCAAGGAAGACUUGUGCCAAUGCUCAAGGAGGCAGGAGCUUUAUGGGUUUAGAAUAACAUUGAUUACGUAAAAUUCCACUAUUCUAAAUUUGUCUUUUAGAUACUACUAUAAUUUCAAAACUUGUAACUAAGAAAGAACUAGCUUCUUUUUAAUUCCUUCAUCCAUCUUUUACAUAAUUGGAUGAAUAGGUGUUUACAUGAAUCAUAUAUUGUAUAAUGUUUUUGAAGAUCAACUAAUGAAGUAUGUAUUCCACUAAAUUACUACAAAUCCUUCACAUUGAUGUAUUAUUAUUGUUCCCUUUAUAUAUUUUUUUACUUUUAUUUUUAUUUUUUUAUAAACUUCAGCAUCUUCAGUUAGCUGAGUUUCCAUGAUAUAUUAACAGUAGUAGAGCAGUGAAAAGUAGA